AUGCUGGCGAGGGAUAGCUGCUUUGCUCGUGUUACAACAGGCGUUGUAGUCGGCGGUGUUGUUGUUGGCACUGGCGUUGGUAUUUAUGGGACUUAUGAGGCUAUCAUGUAUAAAGCCCUUGGACUUUUGAAAAUCAGUUACAUUGGGCAGACAACACUUGGCAGUGCAACCAUUUUUGGUCUUUUCUUAGGAGCUAGGAGUUUGAUGCAUUGCGGGAAGUAG